AAAAAAAAAAAUAUAUAUUUAUUCACAAUAAUAAUAAAAAUAAAAAUAAAAAUUAUUAUUAUUAUUAUUAUUAUAAUAUGUUGAAAUAUCCUUGUGGUUAUCAUACACGUAGCAGAAAUAUUCACUUAUAUGAAAAAAAUAAUAAAAAUAUAUUUUAUAUUAUAAAUCAUAAGCAAGAAAAAAAUAAUAAAGAAACUGAUCCCAUAGAAGAAUAUAAUUAUUAUAUAGAUCUAAAAAAGGAUAUAAAAUUACAUUUUUUCACAUCUAUAAUAAUACAAGAUAAUUAUAUUAAUCGAAACAAAUAUGAAUCAAGACAUUCUAAUGAUUUUGAUAGUUAUUCUUAUAUAAAUAAUUAUCAACAUAAAAAUGAAAAUUAUCUAAACAAUUAUUCAUCACAUAGGAAUAUUUCUUAUGAAUAUGGUUAUAAUAAUAUAAACACAAUGGAUGAUAAUAUGACAUCUUUAAAAAAAAAGGUUAAUAUAAAUGAAUAUGAUAAAUAUAUAAAUAAUGUUAUGAAUUACAAACCAAAAGAUAACAAAAUAGAUGUAAAUAAAAAAAUAAAUGUUGAAAUACAAAAUAAUAUAUCAUCAAUUUUAUAUAAUCAAAGAGAUAAUGAAAAAACAAAAAUAAAAAGAAAAAUAAAAAGAAAAAAUGAUAGGCAACAUAAUACAUAUAUAAUAUAUGAAAAAAAAAAAAAAAAUGCACACAUAUUUACAUUAAUAUUAAAUAACAUAAAUUUAUCUAUAAAUAAAAAAUAUACUUAUAACGAAUCGUAUCAUAUUUUUCUCUACAUUAAAGAUAUUCUCUUAUUAUAUAUGUUAUCACCAGAAAUAAAUAAAAUAUUUUUUAAAAAGAAUAUAAAUCAAAAUAAAAAUGAAUAUCAUACAAAUGACUUGAAUGUAGAUAAGAAAAAAAAAAACCUAAACACUGAAAAUGACAAAUGUGUUAAUACAUAUUGUGAUAAUAAUAAUAAUAAUAAUAAUAAUA